GGUAUAUAAGCUACCUAUUUUCCACAAAUCUGAGCAUCAUCUUCAAAUUCAAGAAAUUCCAGUUUUCCUUUCAGUUUGAUAUACAUCAGAUCUCUAGUUUGCUUCUCUUUCAUUAAACAGCAAAUUUCAUGCUCCAUGUCUUGUCAUGGGAUGGCUUUUUUCCCAGCAAAUUUCAUGCCCCAAGUCCAACCUCCUUAUGAUCACGAAGAUCAUCAACGCCCCACUAAUUCCUUCAAUCAAAUUAUCCCUUCUUGCAUGGCUCCCCAGGACUUUCACGGUGUUGCAUCGUUUAUGGGGAAGAGUUCAGUGCCAUUUCCAGGGAUAGAUGUGUGUGAAGAAGCGAACGGUGAGGAUGAUUUAUCAGAUGACGGUUCACAGGCAGGAGAAAAGAAGAGGAGGCUUAACAUGGAACAAGUGAAGACAUUGGAGAAGAACUUCGAGUUAAGCAACAAGCUCGAGCCCGAGAGGAAAAUGCAGCUGGCUAGAGCUCUUGGACUGCAACCCAGACAGAUUGCUAUUUGGUUUCAGAACAGAAGAGCCCGAUGGAAAACCAAACAAUUGGAGAAAGAUUAUGAUCUCCUUAAGAGACAGUACCAAGUGAUCAAAGCUGAUAAUGACGCACUUCAAGCUCAGAACAAAAAAUUCCACGCAGAGAUAAUGACACUGAAAAGCAGAGACGGAGCAAGUGAAUGUAUCAACCUGAACAAAGAAACCGAAGGCUGUAGCAGCAAUAGAAGCGACAAUAGCUCUGAUGUGAAGUUGGAUAUGUCGGUAUCGGCAAACGAGAGGCCGCUAACGACACUAGUGUUCCGAGCUGCAUCGUCGAAUUCGAGCCACGAUGAUCAUCUUAAUCAGCCACCUCAAAUGGUUAAAGAAGAAAGCCUCAUCACCAACAUGUUCUGCACCAUGGAGGAUCAAACCGGGUUCUGGCCAUGGCUCGACCACCAACAACAUCAUUUCAAUUGAAGUUUGUUUUUGAAAUCAAGAGAGAGAUGUUUGCUAAGUAAAUUGCGGUGCAGAUUGGUUUGCAGCAGCUCUAGCAUGGGCCAUGAAAGAAUAUAGAAAGGUGAUUCUCUUUAGCUACAAACUUUUAAUUAUUUUUUCUUUUUUUCUUCUUCUUCUUGCUUUGAAA